AUUACAGGUUAUAGGACAUAAAUUUUUAGUUUUAAGAAACAAAACUCGAAAGCAAAUUUAGGUUUCUGCUGCUCUGAUCUCAUUUCAUCGACAUCAAGCAGGGUAACAAAUAGAGCCCUCGUUUUCUAAUUAUGUCUGGGGAGGAAGAAGAAAACGCUGCGGAGCUCAAAAUUGGAGAAGAGUUUUUGAAGGCUAAAUGUUUGAUGAAUUGUGAAGUGGCUCUAAUUCUUGAGCAUAAGUAUGAGCAGCUUCAGCAGAUGUCUGAGGAUCCCAUGAAUCAAGUUUCCCAGGUAUUUGAGAAGUCACUGCAGUAUGUAAAGCGCUUUAGCCGUUAUAAGAAUCCCGAUGCUGUUAGACAAGUUCGAGAAAUUCUAAGUAGAUAUCAGUUAGCUGAAUUCGAGCUUUGUGUUCUUGGCAACCUGUGUCCUGAAACAGUGGAGGAAGCUAUUGCUAUGGUGCCUUCCAUCAAGACUAAAGGACGGGCUCAUGAUGAUGAUGCCAUUGAGAGAAUGUUAAAUGACCUCUCCCUGAUCAAGAAAUUUGAGUAGUGGCCACCAUAUGUCUAAUAUCUACCCACCCUAGCUGACCGUAUUUGAACUGGCUCCUGAUGCUAGGCAAUUAAGAAUGAAUGUUAGAACUUGAAUGUCCUGCCCCUAACCCAGCAAAUUCUGUCGGAACCAUUACAUUUUUACCUACCCAUGUCAACAGUAUUUAAAAAUGUGUGGUACAACCAGUUUUGCAUUGACCUUGAAUCUUGGAAUGCCAAAUGAUUUUAAGCAGUAGAUUGCUAUAUUUUGUAAUUGUCCCAUUAAGGUAUAUGUCAAUCAUAUGUUAAAAUAAACGGCUUUAGCUAUGCUUUCUGGUGA